UGGCAGCAGCGCCGGGGAGCGGGUGGGUGGGUCAGCGUCGCCGGGACCGCCGCUCCCGCUGGCCUCUCCACGGAGCCUUUUCCCCUUCACCCGUCUUCUCCGUCCCUGUCGCCAUGACCACCACCACCACCUUCUCGGGCAUGGACCCCAGUGGCAGGAGCAGCUCCAGGGUGCUGCGUCCUCCUGGUGGUGGGUCCAACUUUUCCUUGGGUUUUGAUGAACCAAAAGAACAACCUGUGCGGAGGAACAAAAUGGCAUCCAGCAUCUUUGGAACUCCUGAAGAAAACCCACCUUCCUGGGCUAAACCAUCAGGGACUAAGCCAGGUGAAAUCAGAGAAGACUCUGAAUCAUCUGGUCCACAAAGAAGAAACUCAACUGAUGCAAGCUGUGGAAACUUUGUAGAUCCCAAGAUUUUGCAAGCAAUAGUUACCUACAACAAACUGACGAAGGACUUGGUUUGCCAUCCCAACAAAUACUUCAGUAGCCUGAACACGUGUUUUAUUUCUGUUACUGUCUAAUAAAUCCAUCAGGUGUGUCACUUGAUGUAACCUAUAUACUGGGGAGCAAUAUAUGGAGCAGGGUUUGUAGUGUUAAUGUGGGGUUUGCUUGAUGUAUGAUUAUGUUUAAUGGGAAAAACAGGAUUAAGAGUAAAAUUCCUCUGAACUUAGAAAUAUAGGAACCUAGGGUAGACUGCACUUGCAUAAACAAAUUAUAGAGGGGAAAAAAAACCACCCUUGUUCUUUAAAACUCUCCAGCUUUUAAGUUUUCUGAAAAGAACUGGGUAGGUGAAUAGCUGAUCUCAAGUAUUGUGGCAGAUACCUUUUGCCUCGUGGGUUAUAAACUGCAACUGUUAUUUUUAUAAUUGGCACUGAUCAUCACUUUAACUCCUUUUUGUUGUUAACAGGCACUUUGAGCCAUUAAAUUGUUCUUUGUUGCAGAAAAUGUCUUGUUCCAAUGUAUCAAAUAUAACUGAGAUUAAAUUUAUAGCUGCUACCACAGAAAAGAAAACUAAACUGUUUAGUCUAAUUCUAUUUUCUACUUAAUUAUGUUAAAUACUGUGGGUUCUCAGCUUUGCAAACAAAUUCUUCCACUGCAGAAUACUUUAAUUUUAGGCAGUAAUUACAGCUGCAAACAGCAGGAGCUGGAACUAAUGUUCUGCAGCCCUGCCUGAGACUCAAGGUGAUACAUUUGCCCGAGUUCUGCACAUUUAUAUCCUGAUGUCUGCAGUUUCACUAUGAAAGUAAGAAUGUUGAAUCUGUGUAAGCUGAUAAAACCUCGUGCCAUUGAGGAGCCUUGGCUACUGCUGGAAGUUUCUUUGUGUCAAGUUGCAGCCUGUGAACAGAUUCGGUAUGAAAGGAGCAUUUAGCUGUUUACAUAAUGAAGGAAAAUUUAUCAGUAAUGUUGCAAAAAGCUGGCCUGCAUUUAACAAAUGAAGUUAAAUAUCCUGGAUAGAACAAAUGCUCCUGGCCUUGCUAACAGAUAAAAGUUGGAACAAGUUGCUUAGUAUGAAGGAGGGGACACUGAACUAGUGCUGGUUGUUUAGAGUGUAACUUCCCUGUCCCUCCUGUUGGGCAGCUGCAAAGUUCUGGCUAGUGGCAGUGCUGCCUGAUGUAGGAUGUGUGUGAUGAAGUGUUCCUGUCCACCUGCACCCUUCACAGCGUGGGAGUAACAAGUGUGCCAUGUCAUCAGGGUUACUUCAGUAGCAUCUGUCUCUUUUUUGGAAGUAUGUUGGGGUAAAUAAACAGCUGAUAAAGUUACAUUCGUCAUUCCAUAAGAACUGGUGCUUACAAACCCAUAAUAUUAAUCUGCAGAAUAUGUAUGCAGAACCCACCACUCUUGAUAUCUGUCCCUAAGAGCCUGUUGCUGGUCUAAAAGUGCUUCAGCAGCUCUGUCACUCAAAGUGUUGCUAGAUAGACCAGGGUGCCCAACCACCAUGGUCAGAAUGUGGAGCGAGUGUUGAGAACCCUCUCAGCUGAGGGGAAAAAUAUAUGUAUUUAUUUAUGAAGUGUGAGAUCAAAUGUGUUUCUCUGUCUUCUAGGGGAGAGAUGGUGCUGGUGAAACUUCUG